AUGAGCCAAGGUCCGCAAAUUUUCACAAGCGAAAAAGGAAAUGCGUUAUCCAAGAGUUGGUCCGUAGUCAGCUUGGAAAUUUUUGUUGGUGGUAGACAAAAAAUGAUCAACGUUUCAAUACCACAAGUUGCGCUCAAAAUUUUGUCUGUACUUUUUGAAGAGCAACCUGAUGAUGAGCUUCGAUCAAUAUCUGGAAUAUUGCAAUCGCUUAAGAAGAAAGGUCGAAUUUACACCAAUGAUCGCAAUAUUAUAGUUACAGUUUUCCGUCGGAUAUUUUGGAAUCAUCCAAAAAAUCCUCCUUAUUAUAUAGACGUUUUAACUGCAUCAUCCCUUCAUCAUUUACAAUUCCUUCCUACUUGGGAGUUACAGCAUCUAAUUCCGGGUCAUGCUGGACAAGGCUCAGCAAGAUCAGAUUUCGCCUCAAUAAUUAUAAAUAAUAAUGAUUUACAAUUCGCAUUUUUCAUUGUGGAAUUCGAACAAGCUGGCUUUGAAAUUCACAAGGAUGAAGUAGUUGUUGUAGCAGAGUUAGCAUACGAAUUUAAUCGUAUACUUUCUCAGAUGCAUUAUCCAACGGAAAUGGAAGUAAAUGAAACUAGUUUGCAUUUUGGCCUGGCAAAAGUGGAAAAUGUAUUGCGCUUAAUCACGUACCUACGCGAAACAGUUUGCGUGGAUGGGAUGCGUAUCAGAUCUUUAUUGAACAGGCGUCCAGUACAAUUUAAUUAUAAUUUAAAGUUAGCACUACCAGAAUUACCAAAAGAGGCGGUUCAGUCUCGAAAGUUUGAAACGAAGUUUACUCCAGUCACCAUGAGGGGGAGGAAAUAUAUCGCAUUUGGUAAAAUAACUAAAUUGAUUUUGCGAUGUUAUGAAGCCGAUUUGUUAUACACUAGUUAUUUUUUGUUCUGUUCAACAAAGAAGGAACACGAAUUUACAAAAGGUCUUUAA